UAUAUUUAAUUGUAUUUAUUUGUGAAUGGCUUCCUGCUUAUUUGUGAAUCGCGUUCUGUGCAUUUGUGAAUCACUGCACGCAUUUGUGGAUUGCGUUCUGUGCAUUUGUGGAUUUGAAACAUUUCUAACGUCAAGACUUGCACAAGAAUCCACAAAUAGGUGGACUCCGCCCACCGUCUACUCCAACCAAUCGGAUAACGACCUCGUGGCGCUGACCAAUCGUGGCACGGUCUACCUCCAACCAAUCACGUUCUGAUUUACUCGCUCUUCACACUCCAUCACAGUAGGUGGCGGUAUGCACCUAUCAAGUUGGAUCGCAACCCGCCAUAAAACCUAAAGAAGAAGAAGAACUCCGACUCACAUGCACGUUUAUCAUGGCGGAUCGGGAGGACACCCGACAGGACUCUGUGAGACAACAAGUUCUUCAAAGACUACUUUCUAGAGUGACUUAUGCCUUGGAACACCCACCUCUGGACAUUGAAUAUUUGCAAUUUGUUUGUCGUCAAGAAAUGACUUUGAUUACUGCCAUGUCAGCAAACAUUGGAAUUUCAGAGGACUUGGUCAGAGGUUUGAUGGACUUGGAUUCUCUUAUUCAGCAGCACAAAGAAUCCCAGCAGAUGGCAACUGUGGUGGAGAUUGAAAGACCAGAAGGAUGUGGACGUCCAAGAAUGCACAUAUCAGAGGACAAGUUAAUGUACUUUAUGAAGCUUGGAUUGUCACAGGAAUGCAUUAGUAAAAUUUUAGGUGUGUCUCGUACAACUCUCUAUCGUCGGAUGAGAGAAUGUAAUGUGUCAGUUUCAUCCCUCUACAGUCAUUGCACGGAUGAAGAGCUUGAUUUCCUGGUAUCUGAAAUCAAAAGUACUAUGCCAAACAUAGGGUACAGGGUUGUCAGGGGGGCCCUCUUUGCCAAAGGCUACAGAGUGCAGUGGGACAGAAUAUACGCCUCCAUGCGUCGUGUUGAUAGUCUUGGUGUUCUCUCACGAAUGUCCCAACUUGGUUGUGUUGCCCGGAGAGCUUAUUCUGUUCCAUAUCCCAAGUAUCUUUAUCAUAUUGAUACAAAUCAUAAGCUCAUAAGAUACAACAUGGUUGUCUCUGGGGGUGUGGAUGGAUAUUCAAGAAAGAUCAUGUUUUUACGCGUGGCAGACAACAACCGCUCUGAAACAAUGCUUCGGUUUUUCAAAGAGGCAGUUGAAGAGUUUGGUUUUCCCCUGAGAGUACGAGGAGAUCACGGGGGAGAAAAUGUAGGAGUGGCGCGACUGAUGUUUACAACACGGGGAACAGAGAAUGCCAGCUUCAUUGCUGGAAAGAGUGUGCACAAUCAGAGGAUUGAGCGCCUUUGGCGGGAUGUUCGAAUGUGUGCCACUGGAGUGUAUUAUGACAUUCUACAUCAUCUUGAGGACUGUGGAUAUCUUGAUAUAAGCAACUUCACCCACCUCUUUUGCUGUCAUUAUGUUUUUUUACCACGCAUACAGGCCAGCCUGGAUGCUUUCAAAGAUGCUUGGGAUAACCAUUCCCUGAGGACAGAGAACAACCUGACCCCAAAUCAGCUAUGGGAGGUCGGGCAGUAUCAGAAUCCAAUAAGUGAUCCUGAGAUACAGCUUUCAGGCUCUGCUGAACAAGAAAGUGGAGAUUCUGAAGAGGACCACUUCGGAGUCAAUGUGCCUGCAAUACCUAUGUUGCAACUCACAAAUGAGCACAUUGAGCAGCUUACAUCACAGAUUGACCCACUGCAGGAGUCUAAUUUAUUUGGAGUAGACGUAUACCUUCAGACUCUCACAUUUGUACAGAAUUUGGUUGAAGGUUAG